AACGCGCUGGCCGGGGCCCCUCGCACGUCCUCGCGAACCGCUGCCGCCGCCGCCAGCCUUCCUCCUCCUCCUCCUCCUCCUCGUCUUUUUCGUCAUCAACCUCGCACGCUACGGAGGCCGAGAGGGCGAAGCGGACGGCGGCGGGUCCCCACCCGUGAGCAUGGCGGCCGCGGACGCGUCGGUGAGCGGGUGAAGAGGAGCGGGACGGAGCUGAGCGAGACGAGGCGGCCACGCUGUCCCCCCCACCCGCUCUCUCUCUCUCCCUCUCUGUGCGACACUGUUUAUAAUUUAUUACGGACAGAGAGGCCUGUUUUUUUGUGCGCAUUUUUAUUUUUUUGUAUUCAUCUCCUCGCUCGCGCUGAUUUUUUCUGUGUGUGGUGUGUUUUCCGCAGGCGGCCCCCCGGCCUCUGCGCUUUUCGUUUUCCCCCUCUCCCUCUCUCUCUCCCUCUCUCUCUCUCUCCCUCUCUCUCUCUCCCCCCACUCGGAUGAUUUAGCUAGGUUAGGAUGGUGAGCUCAGCAGACGCAGAAGCCCGAGUGAAGCGCACCGCGCCGUGCGGAGCGCCCUGAUCCCCGGCGCGGCUAGUUUGGGGCGCCGCUGGCUGAGCGAUGGCUGCUUGUGCGCUGGAGCGCUGCUGUGGGCUGCACGCCGCCUUUGUGCACGGCUUGUUUACCUCGGCGAGCUAAAAUCAGAGGCAGCAGCAGGCAGGCGGGCAGGGAGGGAGGGAAGGAGGCACAGCGGCGGCGGCCAGGCUCUCGCCCACAUGCCGGACAGCAUGGGAGUGCCGCUCUAAUAGCCUUUCUCAGCCUUUAGCCCCCCACCCACCCCUUUCCCCCUCUUUUUUAAUCUUCCAUUCCUUCUUCUUUUUUUUAGUUUUGUUUUGUUUUUAAUGCCAAAUGCUGCGUGAAUAGCAAUUUAUCCACCUCUCUCCCCCUCUAGUCCCUCUUUAUCCCUUUUCUCCACCUUCUCCUCCUUUUAUUUGUGUUGUUUGUGUUUCUGGUUGUGUGGCUGAACGCGGCGUCGCGGUCAUGCGCGAGUAUAAGGUGGUGGUGUUGGGCAGCGGCGGCGUGGGCAAGUCCGCCCUCACCGUGCAGUUCGUCACCGGCACCUUCAUCGAGAAGUACGACCCCACCAUCGAGGACUUCUACCGCAAGGAGAUCGAGGUGGACUCCUCUCCCUCCGUGCUCGAGAUCCUGGACACGGCGGGUACGGAGCAGUUCGCCUCCAUGAGGGACCUGUACAUCAAGAACGGCCAGGGCUUCAUCCUGGUCUACAGCCUGGUCAACCAGCAGAGCUUUCAGGACAUCAAGCCCAUGCGGGACCAGAUCAUCCGGGUGAAAAGGUAUGAGAAGGUGCCGGUGAUCCUGGUGGGGAAUAAGGUGGAUCUGGAGAGCGAGAGGGAGGUGUCGGUGAGUGAAGGUCAGGCUCUGGCCGAGGAGUGGGGCUGCCCCUUCAUCGAGACGUCUGCCAAGAGCAAGACUAUGGUGGACGAACUGUUUGCUGAGAUCGUUCGGCAGAUGGACUACGCAGCACAGCCGGACAAAGACGAUCCCUGCUGCUCCUCCUGCAAUAUACAAUAACCCUCCAGAGCGAGGACUCACACACACACUUUCUCUGUACACACAAACCCGCACACACAACAGACACAAGCACACAAACGUGCACACACACACACACUUACAAACAUGUUCACAUACACACACACACACACACACACACAUAUACACACACACAUGGAUUUCAGUGGAUGUUCUUUUUUGGUGCAUCGGUUUUAAUCAUAGUGUAAUUAAUUCUGGCAUAUGUGUCCAUGACUGAAUAGGGAAGAUGUGAGGAAUUUUUGUCACUUUAAUAACUGACUGACUCAUUACUGAACCACAGAGAAGUGCACUGGCCUUAGGAGUGUUCCGUUUCCUGGCGGAGAAGGAGACGGCUGCGGGAUUUACCGGUCUCGUACGGUUUGCUACUUCUCUCUGCAGCACUAUUUAGCCAUUGUUGUUUUUUAUUAUUAUUAAUUGUUUUGUUAUAAGGUUUUUUUUGUUGUUUUCAUUUGUAAAUGGCUUUUUUGUUCAUCUGACCCACUUUUGUGUGUAAGGUUGAAGAGGUGAGUGUUUCUGACCAUGUGUCUCAGACAGAGCAAUGAAAUCAGCCGCCUCAACCUCAAGCAUUAAACUUUAAUGAAAGAUUGAUUAGAGAGCGAAAAGAGAGGACGAUACGCGCACUCCACUAACACUACCAAAAAAAAUCUUCAAAAAGGCCUCCCGCUUUUGUUUUCUCCUGUUUUUUUUUCUUUCUUUCUUUUAUGAAUAAGUCUCUGAUUGUUCCAAAGAAUGGGACUGGAGGCCGAUUCUGUAUUUUUUCUCAAACAUCAGUGUGAUGGUGCUGUGUCUCAUUUGUGUUAACUCUAGUUUUUUUUGUUGGGAGGUGUCAGGACCCAGACCACAGAAUGCCCAGGACUCCUUUAGUUUCAUUGGAACUGUAGUUUCCAUAAUUGCAUUAAUAGCAUUUGAAUUUUCCUCCAAAAAAAAUAUUUUAUUUCUAUGGUUCUGUUUUCUCAAAUGGUGCCAUCGGACUCAGCUCUCCUCUUAGUGUUUUACCAACAGGGCCAAAGGGGGAAAGCAUCUCAAACUGACAGUGAAGGAAGUCAUUUACGAUGAUUAUAAUGACGACUAUGAUCAUGAUGAUUGUGAAGAUGAUUAUGAUUAUGAUGAUGGUGGUGGGGAUGGCGGUAGUGUAAAUAGGUUGAUGGACGUUGCCAGUUCCAAUCCUGCUCCUUCUCCCCUGCCUCGGGGCUGUGGACUGCAUUGCAUGGUCAGAAACUGGCGAGCAGGCUGAAGCAAUUGAGAUUACUGAAGACGUUGGUUGGAAGAGUUUGAGCCAAACAUGACGAUCACUCCUGUCCAAGAAGAGGAGCGAGGUGCUGUGUAUUCAUCGUUGAUUUUCUAUUUUUUUAUGUGAACAUUUACUCUCUACCCUUUCCUGGAUGAAUGGUGACACUCUUUCAUUUGGCACCUCAAUAAAGUGUGUUCAACACAUUAUCACA